AUUUCAGAUAUCAUCUCCAUCUUGUGGCAACCAACCGGCCAUGAAUUUUACUCCGCUUAUACUCUUCGCGUCACUUCUGCUUCCGCUUCACGCAUCGGCGGAAGAACAUCAGAACUCAAACGCCAACGGUGGCGACACCAUCGUGUUCACCACUCUAGGACGAUCGCGCUACGAAUUCGACGUAUUCGCCCUCUCCACAACCCGUCCGCCGUCGAUCUCCGGAGAGAUUCGGAUCACCGACGGGGAAUCGGUGAACUUCAACGGCUACUUCCCGUCUCCAUCUCCGGCGCUCAUCUCUCUACUCCCCGACGCAACCCUAAUACAACCGGGAGAUUCCUCUCCUCUCCACCUCAUCUACGUCACCGAGAGAAACGGUACUUCGAGCAUUUACUACGAUCUACUUCACGGCGGAGAUCCCGAUUCCAAAAGUAAAAGACGAUCGAUGUUAGAAGCAACUUCUCGAGUCCAGAUUCCGUUGCUAUCCAACGCUGAUCAUCGGAGUGGCAAUACGGUAAAUUCGUUUAAAGAUAAGCCUAGUUUAAGCGGUGAGUUUCUCGUCUACGUGUCAACACAUGAGAACUCAGGUGAGCCGAGGACUAGCUGGACCGCUGUUUACUCCACCGAGUUGAGAACCGGGUUGACUCGGAGGCUCACGCCGAGUGGAAUCGCUGAUUUCAGCCCUGCGCUGUCGCCGUCCGGGAACUUGACCGCCGUGGCUUCGUACGGAGAGCGAGGAUGGACAGGGGAAGUCGAGGAGCUUAGUACGGACAUCUAUGUAUUCUCGACUCGUAACGGGACUCGCCGAGUCAAGGUUGUGGAGCACGGUGGUUGGCCGUGUUGGGUCGAUGAAUCUACUCUGUAUUUCCAUAGAAGAAGCGAUGAUGGAUGGAUCAGUGUUUUCCGAGCGAUCUUACCUCAAAGCGGAUCGUUGAGUACAGAGUCAGUGAACAUUCAGCGAGUCACACCUCCGGGUGUUCACGCUUUUACACCUGCCACGUCACCGAACAACCAUAACUUCAUAGCUGUUGCGACGAGGAGACCAGGCUCGGAUUACCGCCACGUGGAGCUGUUUGAUCUCAGGAGGAGCGAGUUUACAGAGCUGACACGUUUGGUGGCGCCGGAGAGUCACCAUUUGAACCCGUUCCUCUCCCCUGAUGGGUCACGAGUUGGUUAUCAUAGUUGCAGAGGCCAGGCUAAUGGGCGGAGAAGUCCUUUGCUUUUCCUUGAGAACAUACAAACGACUACAAGUGAUCUCUCUCUUUUCAGAAUCGACGGUUCGUUUCCGUCCUUCUCUCCAGCGGGUGAUAGGAUCGCAUACGUGAGAAUGCCUGGUGUGUAUGUGGUGAAGCCUGAUGGUUCGGGGCGGCGUGAAGUCUACGACGGGAUGGCGUUUUCCACGGCGUGGGAUCCGGUUAGACCAGGAAGGGUGUACACUAGCUCAGGUCCAACGUUUGCUACAGAGAGAACAGAGGUUGAUAUCAUCUCCAUCGAUGUUGAUGCUGUAGACAAGUCUUCUUCCGUGAGAAGGCUAACGACAAACGGGAAGAACAAUGCUUUCCCUUGGCCAUCUCCCGACGGGAAGCUGAUCGUGUUUCGUUCCGGGCGGUCUGGUCAUAAAAACCUCUACUUGAUGGAUGCUGAGAAAGGCGAGACCGGUGGUCUUUGGAAGUUAACGGAAGGUGCGUGGACCGACACUAUGUGCAGCUGGUCACCUGAUGGAGAAUGGAUCGCGUUUGCAUCAGAUAGAGAAAGCCCUGGCUCGGGUAGCUACGAGCUGUUUUUGAUCCACCCGAACGGAACAGGGUUAAGGAAGCUGAUCCAGAGCGGCACUGGUGGGAGAACUAACCACCCAAUCUUUAGCCCGGACAGUAAAAGUAUUGUCUUUACAUCUGAUUACGCUGGGAUAUCAGCAGAACCGAUCUCGAACCCGCAUCAUUACCAACCAUAUGGUGAUAUCUUCACGGUGAAGCUGGAUGGCUCUAAUUUAAGGAGACUGACGCAUAACUCAUAUGAAGAUGGGACUCCUGCAUGGGCUCCUCGGUUCAUUAACCCAAGUGACGUGGUGUUACGCAAGAAGAAUGAUUCAAGUUGCGCGUUCGAAGACUGUCACUGGCUCAAUAAGAACCCACCACUAAAAGGCCAAAAAAUCUCAUGUUAAUAUGUAUAAUGAUUACACAACUAUUUUGAGUAUCCUUGUUCAUAGAGCUGCUGCUCCACUGUAAGAUGUAUUCCAGCUUGGAACUAUAGUUAUAGACUUGUACGAGAGAUGCCAAUGUAUAUGCAUAUCGUAUUUGAAUAAUACUGUGUGAUUAAUAUA